AUGGCGACACCAAGAGAGCAAGAGGCUGCAGAUUAUCUUAGAAAACACAAAAUUAUCGAACUCAUGGAUAAUUUAACAAGCAUGCUCUUCUUUCACAGACCAGAGAGACCAAACGAGUUCCUGAUCACACAGCUUGAACAACUGAGAGCAUCCAAAAUGAGGUCACUGGAUUGCCAAAGCCUGUUCAAUGACACAAACCUGGAUGCCGUUUUGGGCAUCUUGGACCCUACCAACCAAGGGCACAUCACUUUUGUUCAGUACAAGGAGGCACUAACCACUUUGGGGAUUGAGAAGUUUAAUGAGUGUCCUGAAGGUGUGGCCAAGGACAAGAUAUCUCACGAAACCUUCAAGAGAGAGGCGUAA